AUGUUUAUCUCCCUUUGCAAGGAAGCCUAUGUGGUGGAUGGCCGAAACAAUCAAAGCUGCAUGAUGCCGAGGGACAAGUACCCGAAGCCUCUUAUAUUUCACGAUGGAAGGCUAGCGUUCUUGCCAACUCCAUUGGGUACACUUUAUAUAUUCCUGUGGCUUCCAUUUGGGAUAGUUCUCGCCAUUUUCAGGAUUGUCGUUGGUAUCUGUCUGCCUUACAGGUUAGCUAUAUUCUUGGGUUCUCUGAGCGGCGUUCAGCUAAAUUUCCAAGGCUGUUUCCCUCCACCAAAUUCACAACAUAAAAAAGGUGUCCUACACGUCUGUACACAUCGAACACUUUUGGACCCUGUUUUCCUCAGCACGGCAUUGUGCAAGCCCUUGACGGCAGUGACCUACAGCUUGAGCAAAAUGUCCGAGAUAAUAGCUCCCAUCAGGACAGUCAGGCUGACCAGGGUCAGGAGACAGGACGGAAAAACAAUGCAGAAGCUGUUAAGCGAAGGUGAUUUGGUGGUCUGUCCCGAAGGAACCACAUGUAGGGAGCCUUAUCUGUUAAGGUUCAGCUCGUUGUUCGCCGAGCUGGCCGAUGAAAUAGUUCCGGUAGCGAUGAACACUGAUGUAAGCACGUUUUACGGCACGACGGCGAGUGGGUUGAAAUGGUUGGAUCCCAUUUUCUUUCUGAUGAACCCCAGACCGAGCUACCAUGUUCAAAUCCUGGGAAAGGUGCCACCAGAAUUCACAUGUGCAGGGGGAAGGUCUAGCUUCGAAGUGGGGAAUUAUAUUCAGAGGAAACUGGGUGAUGCUCUGGGAUUUGAGUGUACUAACUUGACUAGGAGAGACAAGUACUUGAUGCUAGCAGGGAAUGAGGGGGUUGCCCAUGAUAAUAAGAGAAAUUAACAAGCACCCUCUUCGCAACAUAUUGAUUAAUUGAUUUGCACACUUUCAUCAACCCUAAUGUAUUCA